AUGCGUACCGAAGUGCCAGUGUUCAAAAGAUGUUGUUUCUGUUUACCGCUCAGGCGUAGCUUGAUCGCGUGGGGUUAUUUUAAGUUGUUUAUUGCUACCAUACUGCUGCUUUAUUGCUUCGUGGUACUUUACCGGACCAUGAACGUAUUAUUUCACUUAAAGUAUUGGAUACAGGAGCUUAUAACACUCACUGUGGUAUGUGCGAUACUGAUUGUGGACAUCAUAUUACAUAUUCUGUUUAUCGUUGGAGCCCAUAAGAAAGAAGUUAAAUUUUUAAGGGCCUAUUACUACUAUUCUCUGACUCUGCUGGUGCUGCUAUUGCUGCUGGACCUGUACUGGGUUGUUUUAAUUAUUCAACAUAGGAUCUACCUGUAUAUUAAUACAUUAAUAUUCUCGGCGAUGGCUGUCAUGUUUCUUAAUUUACUUACGCAAGCAUACGUCAUAUUACUCGUGAGAAGUGAAAUUAUCAAACUCAAUAACAUUGGAUCCUUCAGGUUUGUAAAUAAUGCAGCCGAAGCUGAAUGUAAACUAUAUAUUGAACACCCACAUGAAGAAAUAGUUCAGAUAAAUGAGGAAAACAAUAAAAAUGAGAACGAGAAAUCAGACACGGACACAGAAGACAACCAUGGGAAUAUCGCUUAA